AUGAGCGCGGACAGGGCACAAGCCGCUCGGGGCGUAUGGAACGGGAUGAUAGCGGAGAGUAAGACACAAUUGGAAGCAUCACAUUGGCUAGCAGAAGUACGACCUGAGCUACGAGUGCUAAAGUCAGAUACGCCAGAGGUGCGCGCUUACGUGAACUAUAUCGCAAGUCGGGCCAACCAAAUUCCUAACGUCAAUUCUCCCAUUACCAAAGAUAAUAUCGUGAAAUGGAUACAGAAGCAACCUGAAGCUAAAGAACUUCACACGGUGCUGAUAAAAAACAAUUUUAUCUGGCGCCUGGAUUUCAAAAAGAUGGAGGCCUUGAAGGAUUUUUUUGAUGGAGAUGAGACGAAGACGAUCCGGACGCUUUUAAAAUCCUGCAAAAGCGCGACUAAAUUCACAGACUUUUUGUCGAUCGCAAAGCUAUCUCCGGCCAUCAGGAACGACGCGGUGUCGUUCCAGCAAAUGCUGCUACGUUACUGGAGUACAAGCCAAAACGAACAAAUCUCUUAUGUGAUUGAACUUCUCCAAAUUAAGACGAGAGGCUUGACGUACGAAACCAUGGAUACUUUGGUCGAGUUCGUUGCUCUAAAAGAGGAGAUAAAAGGUGACCAGCUAUUUGCACUGAAAAGAACGCUGUGGCAUCUUGACACCUAUUUUGGUGUCGAUAACUAUUUUGAGUCGAACAUCGCAAAGGGGAAGGAUACGAACGGGCAGGCCAAUGCUCAUCCUGGCACGUCACAUCAAGAUGGCAGGUCUGGAGUCCCCAGCAUCGCAUCGGAGGAGCACAACGAGCCAUCCAUACUUUUGAGGACAGAGUCGGUCGUGAAACGGAAGGCAGAAAAUCUGGACUCGGGUCGCGUGCGCAAGAAGCCGUCGCCUUUGACGAACGACGUACCCGAGGAUGAUCCAGGGUUGUCGUUGGUUCUUUCGCUGAGGCCCCCGGGGACUUAG